AGUUUUUUCCUAAAUUAAAAUAUUAUUUAUCGUCUAACUAAACAUCAUUCAAUCAAUGAUAAAGUAAAUUCCUAAUACAGAAGCAUUUAAUAUUCUUUUGAGCGAAAACAUCACUUUAGAGUUGAGUUGAUGUAGAAGGAUACAUAUAUGUUUUUAAGGUUGCCAUUUUGAGAUGAAUCAAUGUAUAAUUUAACUUCCUCUUCUUUUUUUUUCUGUCAUCUGAUUAUCGUUGAUUAUAGUAGUUAAAAUAUAUGAUUGAGAUAUUAAAAUCGGUAGAAUACAUAAAAAUCCUCAUAGACUAAGCCCAAAGAGAAAGUAGAACGCCUAAUAGAGCAGGACGCAUACAAACAAAGACUAAAAUUGAAACGAAACGAAACCAAACACAACAGUUUCUCACCUAAAUCCAUAAGCAAUUUCAUCAAAUAAAUAAUAGAAUUUGGACUUGCAAAUUUUUUGCAUGUACUAUUACUCCAAUUUGAAAUCCCCUAUAACUGAGGAUCGUUUUAAACUCUAAAGUCAAGCGCCAGUGAAAUUGAAACUUUGUCAACAGUCAAUCGUGACACGCUUCCAAAGUCAAGCGCCGGUGAAAUUGAAACCAUCUCAUUUCCAGCGACUAAUCUUUGGUUGUAACUUUUCAAAAAUCAAAUCUAGAAUUAGGACCUUAUGAUCAUAAAAGUAAUACCAAGAAAUAUACUCAGCCGCCAACAUGCCAGCUGGAGAAGAAACUCAAGAAAGAGACAUAAUAAUCGAAUUGUUCCUUCAUACAACAAUUAAAAUAAAUACUCACCCAAAACAACUCCAUCUCAAGACACAACUCAAACUAAGAUAAGAAAGUAAAGUCUCAGAUGGCUCAGAGCGGUUUGAACAGUACUGUGAAGUUAUUAGGGACAUGGGGAAGCCCUUUCGCUUUAAGGGCUCAAGUAGCUCUACAUCUCAAGUCUGUAGAGUACGAGUACAUGGAAGAAGUUCUGAACUCGAAGAGCGAUCUUCUUCUUGAAUCCAACCCAAUCUACAAGAAAGUCCCUGUCUUAAUCCACGGUGAUGUCUCCGUCUGCGAGUCUCUCAACAUCGUUCAGUACAUCGACGAAUCUUGGCCGUCAGAUCCUUCCAUCCUCCCCUCACAUCCCAGUGAUCGCGCCUUUGCUCGUUUCUGGGCUCACUUCGUCGACGGAAAGUGCUUCGAAACGAUCAAUGAGGUGGCCGGAGCAAAAGAUAACGAUGUGAGAAUGGCCAUGGCGGGGAAUUUGACAGAUUGUCUAACGUCGCUUGAGGAAGCGUUUCAGAAAAGCAGCAAAGGCGGAUACUUAUUUGGAGGAGAAAACAUUGGAUUCCUCGACAUCGCUUGUGGGGCUAUGGUGGGUCCACUUUCUGUCGUCGAAGCGUUUUCAGGUGUAAAAUUUUUGAAUGAAGAUACAACACCAGGCAUGCUCCAGUGGGCUGAGAAGUUCAGGGCCCAUGAAGCAGUGGAACCUUACUUGCCUACUGUCGCCGAGUUCCUUGAAUUCGCCAAAAAGAAGUUCAAUGUUCAGUGAUGAUUUGAUCUCAAUAUGGUUAUAAAAAGAUGUGUUCCAAUCUAGUUAGAAACCGGUAAAAACAAUGAUAUAUCAAUUAGGAGUUUUGGGGAUUUUGGUAUGUUAUCUUUUCUUUAUGCUAUGAGUUUUUGAUUUUCAUCUCUUAUUCAAGAAAGCUGCUAAUUAAGUUCUAUGGUAUUUAGUUCUUAAAGUUAUUAAAUGAUAUAAUUUUCUC